AUGAGUCUCCACACUUCAAUCUCCACACCCCGCACGAUCCCCUCAAAUUUCGCAAGCCACCCGACGGGCCUUCGCUCUAGCGAUGUGCAUUGUGGUUCUGAAGACUACUCUGUUGGCUUCAAGACCUAUUUUGCCAUAUUCUCUUUGGCUUUGGCCAACUGUUGUGCUACUCUGUCAAAUACAACAAACACUAUCAUCAAGUUCCAGGUCAUGAGUGUCGGCGGAUCAGCUGUGGCAAGUUGGAUAGCAAACUCCAAUUUUCUCCUCACUCUUGCCUGUGGACCCAUCUUCGGCUCGUUGACUGACAGAAUGGGUAAAAAAUGGUUCAUAGUCGGAGGCUGUGCCAUUGGCGUCGUGGGCUCAUUCAUCUCGUCUUCUGCAACCCAAGUUUACACCAUCAUUGGCGGCAACAUCUUGACUGGUAUAGCUAACGCAGGAUGUAUCGUAUCCAUCGCCGCCAAUCAGGAGAUCACUCCGAACAAGUUCCGACCCUACGCAUUCGGGUUUGCACAAACAGUCAACAGUAUCGCUGCGAUCGCAGGUACCUUCGGUGCUGCCGCCUUUGUGAAGUACGCGAGCUGGAACUGGAGUUAUCGUCUCAAUGGAAUUGUGUACGGCGUUUCCGGUCUCUCUGUACUUCUGUCCUACAAGCCCCCUCCACCAGCUAUACGACGCGCUGGAGAACUUCGCGAGAUUCUGCUUGCGGUCGAUUAUCUUGGUAUCCUCUUGUUAGCAGGAUCCCUGGCAAGCAUAACAAUGGCUCUCACCUGGGGAGGCAGCACGUACGCUUGGAACUCUGGUGUGAUCAUUGGCACUCUCGUGGCUGGCAGUGUUGGCCUGGUCAUCUUCGGAUUAUUUGAGCACAGACUCAAGACAACAAAUGGUAUCCUUGACCACCGCCUCUUUGAGAACAUGAAUUUCCCAAUUCUCUGCUUUGUCUGCCUGGUCGACGGCAUGCUUCUGCUGGGGAUUAACGUUCUUUAUGCACAAGAGAUCGCCGACUUGUUCUCCAAAGACGCGCUGAGGAUCGCCGUCAUACUCACCCCAUACUUGAUCACCUCGACCGUGGGUUGUCUGCCCGCUGGUUGGAUCAUGGGAAAGACUCAUUCCUAUCGAAUCUUGCUCAUCGGAGCUCUCCUCUGGUGUUCUCUGUUCACGGGACUGAUGGGUCUUAUUGAUUCUUCGAGACUGAAGAUGGCUCUCGCAUUUUCGGCACUUUUCGGGUUGGGCACAGCAGUCACCACCGUCAUUCCGAUCGUUGCUCUGGGGUUAUCCAUUCCUUCAUUCUUGCUUGGCACUGCAGGAACACUAAGUAUCUCCUUCCGCGCUUUGGGAGGCAUCGUCGGCAUCACGAUCUUUACAGCUAUCUACGACAAUAAGAUCGCAGUGAAUCGUCCUAGAGAGGUUUCCGAUGUGGUACUUGGCGCCGGCCUGAGCACGGAUACGCUUCAAAAGGUUCUUAAAGCGCUUUCGGGGAACGUGCCACCAGCCGUAUCACUUAGUGCCAUAUCAGCUCUGCCUGCCAAGCUCAUAACUCCUAUCGUCAACGCCUCACUCAAAGCCUCAGCCGAGUCUUGGACGUACGUCUGGGUGGCCAUUGCUUGCAUCACUUUCGCCAAUGCUGUAGCAUGCUGUUUCUUGAAAUCGGUCAAGUCCAACAUGACCGCACACGUAGAGUCGGCUCUUGAGCGCAGCACGACCCGCGACACUCAAAUGAGUAAGAAGCUGAAGAUUGCGAUUUGAGGGCAAGUGCUACGAUCUUGACCCUUUCUGACACACUAGAUCAAUAUCUCACUUGGGAUCUCACAAAGCUUCAGAACCGAGUCGUAUUUGUAUAUUUACGUAGUCGAUUGGAAAUAUGCACCCACAGAAAGUCAU